GCUGCUCCACGUUUGAGGAUGACGUCAGGAGCAGCUAGCGGUAAAGAAAACGCUCCGGUACUUGAGAAACAGAGUACCAAUAUGAAGACCCGGAACCUUACUCGGUCCUGUAUAAUAGUUUUUGUCAGUUUAGUCAUUUGCAGCAUUUGUACUGUGAAUGGAGAUUACUGCAAGGUGAACCUGUGUCACAACGGAGGGACAUGUGUGACUGGCAUUGGAGAAGAUCCCUUCUUCUGCAUCUGUGCUGAGGGAUUUGCCGGAGAUACUUGCAAUGCCACAGAGAAUGGUCCUUGUAACCCAAACCCAUGUAAAAACGAUGGCACAUGUGAGGUGAUCGCUAACUCCAGAAGAGGAGACGUUUUUAAUGAGUAUGUGUGCAAAUGCCAACCUGGGUUCGAAGGUGCUCACUGCCAAAUCAAUGUGAAUGACUGUGCAAACCAACCUUGUAAGAAUGGAGGCCUGUGUCGUGAUCUGGAUGGGGACUACACCUGCCAGUGCCCUUCUCCAUACGUUGGGAAGCAAUGCCUGCUACGCUGUACAUCUUUAUUGGGGAUGGAGGAAGGAGAAAUCGUGGAGUCCCAGAUCUCGGCUUCGUCUGUACACUCUGGCAUUCUAGGGCUGCAGCACUGGGGACCGGAGCUCGCGCGACUCAACAAUCGGGGCAUUGUCAACGCCUGGAGCUCCGCACCCCAAGACAAGAACCCCUGGAUUGAGAUUGACAUGCAGAAGAAGAUGCGUCUCACUGGAAUCAUCACCCAAGGAGCCAGCCGCAUGGGGACAGCUGAGUUUGUCAAGGCUUUCAAGGUGGCGUCCAGCUUUGAUGGCAAAACAUACACAGUGUACAGAGCGGAUGGUCAGAGAAAAGACAAAGUGUUUGUGGGAAAUACAGAUAAUGAUGGAACAAAGACAAACAUGUUUGACCCACCCAUUGUGGCCCAGUAUAUUCGCAUCAUUCCUGUGGUGUGCCGUAAAGCUUGUACUCUCCGGAUGGAACUUGUGGGCUGUGAGCUAAAUGUGCAGUCCAGCACAAUCGGUUGCACUGAUCCGCUGGGUAUGAAGUCCCGUCUCAUCUCUGACACGCAGCUUACAGCAUCUAGUACUUUCCGUACAUGGGGUAUAGAUGCCUUUACCUGGUACCCCUACUACGCUCGUCUGGACAAGCAAGGCAAGACUAACGCUUGGGCGGCAGCGAACAACAGUCGCUCAGAGUGGCUCCAGCUGGAUUUGGAGAAACCUAAAAGAAUCACAGGCAUCAUCACUCAGGGAGCAAAAGAUUUUGGAGUUGUACAGUUUGUUUCAGCAUUUAAGCUCGCUUACAGUGAUGACGGACAAACAUGGAGCAUUGUGAAGGAUCAAACAACAAGAACAGACAAGAUUUUCCAAGGCAACAGUGACAACAACACAUACAAAAAGAACUUGUUUGAGCCUCCGUUCUUUGCCCGAUUUGUGCGGUUUCUGCCCUGGGAGUGGCACGAGCGGAUAACUGUACGCAUGGAGCUGCUGGGCUGUGAUGAUUAAUGAAUGUGCUGAAGGCUGAACGCUGUUGGAAGUCUGUCUGCUUGUUGUAGGUGAUGAUUUGUUUCAAUAUACAUUAGCUUCAGUUGUUGCUCUGUAUUUUAUUGAACUGAUGUCAUUAUUUUGAUGUACUUUUGAAGGGCUCAGUUGAUGUAAUUUUCAACACCUUUGGGCACAGUGACAAUUUUAUGAAACCACCUUUUAAGUAAGUUUCAGAGAAUAUUACAAAAUUUGAAAAACAUAAACCUGAAAGGAAAACGGAGACUAAUUGUAAUGCUUUAUUAAAAUUAUUAGCUUCACAACCAAUGACCAUUCUUGUAUUUCAAAAUGUAUGUCCUAAUUUACAAUGAAAUAUACAAACUCAUAAAUAUCUUUUACUGUUACUCAUCUUUGGCCACCAAGGUGAGAAAAUCUAUUCAUGAAGCAGCCUACCUGCUUCAGCCCGUCUUAAAUAUAACAGCCCACUAGUGCUGAUGUCCAAUAGUUGCUCUUAUUCUGCCUUCUAACACUCAGAGGAAAAAGGUCAACUUGUAACUCUGUGUCUUUUUGCUGUAAGCACACAAAAACUGUCUGCAAUUUUUUUUCCUGAACUAAUCUUGACUGUCUGGAGUACAUUUAUAUACAGUAUGAGUCUGUUAGAAACAGUGCUGUAAAUUAGAAAUGAAUUGAAAACACUCCAGGGAAAUUUCUUUGUUGAAAUUUCAUGUUAAGAGUGGCAAAGCUGCUCAAAUCAAUUGAAUUGUUUGCACUGCAGUUGCUCUACACUUUAUACAUUUUAUAACUCUAUUUUAUUUGAGUCAAUGUAAACAACCAAAUUGGAAUAGAAUUGUACAAUUGUGCAUAUAUUGAGUAUCUUUUGUAAAACAUGUUGUCUUUAACAAUAUUAAUAAAUAUGUUAAAUAUU